GCGGACCCGGCUGGGGAAACUGUCCCCGCCUCCAAGUAUAUAAACCCGCCGCGCACCCUCGGUGGGUCUUCUUACCGCGUCAGCUGGACGAGCUGCUGCCCGCGACGAGACCGGAGGUUCAUUGUUUAGAGUCAUGGCUGCCAACGGAGAACGUACCUUCAUUGCCAUCAAGCCCGAUGGUGUUCAGAGGGGGCUUGUUGGAGAGAUCAUCAAAAGGUUCGAGGUGAAAGGCUUCAAACUCGUCGGCAUGAGGAUGAUUCACGCCUCUGUAGACCACCUGAAGCAGCAUUACGCUGACCUGAAGGAUAGGCCCUUCUUCGCUGACCUUGUCAGCUACAUGAACUCUGGCCCAGUGGUUGCCAUGGUAUGGGAAGGAAAGAAUGCAGUGAAAACUGGCAGAGUCAUGUUGGGUGAGACUGACCCUGCUAAAUCCAACCCAGGCACCAUCAGGGGAGACUUCUGCAUUGAUGUUGGCAGAAAUAUCAUCCAUGGCAGUGACUCUGUAGAUAGUGCCAACCAGGAAAUUGCUCUGUGGUUCAAGCCUGAGGAGCUUGUCAGCUACACUAGCUGUGCCCACAGCUGGAUCUACUAAACGGUUCCUGGACCUGCUGUCAGCCUCAGAUACUGAUGAGCGAUCAUUUGACUUGCCUCGUUCCUUUUCCAAAAUGUAGGAUAAAGGGAGGAGAAGUGAAGAUAUCUUUGACCUGCAUUCCUCAUCUCUACUCCUCAUACUGUACCCAUGGUCUCUAGGGAGAUGAAGUGUACCCGUAUUCCUGGUUCCAUUCCUGAAUUUCAUUCCCUAUGAACAUUCCAUUCACAACCAUGAACAACUUAAAUUCAUGUGGACAACCAUUUUUGUUUAAACGGUGAUCAAAGUUUCCAAUAAAAUGCACAAUCCCA